AUGGAGGGCACAGGCAGCGGCUGGGCAGCGGAGCUCACCCCCCCGUGCGUGAUGCACGAGGUAAAAGGGAACGACACCGGUCAGGUCUUUGAGGUGGCGCUGCAGAACGGCUCCUCCGGGCGCAGCCCCCAGUUUGUGGGUGUGGAGCUGUUGCAGUCCUUCCAGCUGCUCAUCAUUCCCUGCUACACUCUGGUGGCUCUAGUGGGCGUCUUUGGCAACUACCUGCUCCUCUAUGUCAUAUGUCGCACUCGUAAGAUGCACAAUGUCACCAACUUUUUUAUUGGAAACCUGGCCUUCUCUGACAUGCUGAUGUGUGCCACAUGUGUCCCCUUCACACUGGCAUACGCCUUCAACCCACGCGGCUGGGUGUUUGGCCGCUUCAUGUGCUACCUGGUGUACCUCAUCCAGCCUGUGACGGUCUACGUGUCGGUCUUCACUCUCACUGCUAUUGGUAUGGACAGAUACUAUGCCACAGUCCAUCCUCUGAAAAAGCGCAUCUCAGUCUUGGCGUGCACAUACCUUCUGUCUGGGAUCUGGCUGCUGUCCUGUGGUCUGGUGGCUCCAGCUGUGGCUCACACAUACCACGUGGAGUUCAAGAACGAGGGCUUCACCAUCUGCGAGGAGUUCUGGAUGGGCCAGGAGAGCGAGCGGCUGGCCUACGCGUACAGCACUCUCUUCAUCACGUACGUCCUGCCUCUGUCGGCGCUCUGCAUCUCGUACCUGUGCAUCUCUGUCAAACUGCGGAACUAUGUGGUUCCCGGCCACCAAACCCAGAGCCAAGCAGAGGCUCAGCGCGUGCGCAAACGCAAGACCUUCCGGCUGGUGAGCCUGGUGGUGGCAGCGUUCGGCAUCUGCUGGAUGCCUAUCAGUGUGUUCAAUGUGCUGCGCGAAAUUGACAUUGACCUGAUUGAUAAGCGCUACUUUCUGCUCAUUCAGCUGCUCUGUCACCUGUGUGCAAUGAGCUCGUCCUGCUGCAAUCCUUUCCUCUACGCCUGGCUACACGACCGCUUCCGCGCUGAGCUCCGCAAAAUGUUCACAUGCCGCCGUCGCAUUGGACUCUCGGCCAAUAACUGUGCCACAGCCAGCGUGGUUUUGUGA